GGUGUUAAGAAGUAGGUUAUGAUGUCUGGGCAUAAGGUGGGAGGAAAGGCUGAUCUGUGCUAAUAAGAUGAGGAGCGGGAUAUGUAACUUUAGGCGGUGGUCUAAGAAGAGACUGUAAGGAAUCAGAUUUCAGUGCUGGGAGUCCUGAUUUCAGUGAGUCACUAAGGAACCUCAGAGCUGCCUUUGUUUCACUCUGCUCUGGAAAGCAGAGAGAAAGCUGCACACUUUAACUUUUUUUUAAUAUUUAUUGUGCUUGUUCAUCCUAUUGUUUUAUUUUCAUGGUUUCCCUCUGAAGAUUUAUUUUUCCUUGACCCUCUUCAAAGAUGGAUUCUAGGCAUUUGCAGAAACCCUGGAGACAAUUAUACUUUACAUUGUUUGGCUUGAUCUUUCCAUUCAUUGUUGGUGCUCAGUUCUUAGAAGAACGAGGCACUAAAGGACAUCUCGACCUUACAGAACUAAUUGGAGUCCCGCUUCCACCAUCCGUCUCCUUUAUCACUGGAUAUGAAGGGUUUCCAGCUUACAGUUUUGGACCAGAAUCAAAUAUUGGCCGUCUUACAAGAUCAUUUAUACCCCAACCUUUUUUCAGAGAAUUCGCAGUUAUUGCUACAGUGAAACCUAACAGCAAUCACGGUGGAGUAUUAUUUGCCAUAACUGAUGCAUUUCAAAAAAUUAUCUACUUGGGUCUUAGAUUAUCAUCUGUGGAAGAUGGUACACAAAGGAUUAUCAUGUACUACACAGAGCCAGGUUCUCAGAUUUCCAGAGAGGCAGCUUCUUUUAAAGUACCAGUUAUGACAAACAAGUGGAAUCGUUUUACAAUGACUGUUAUAGGGAAUGAAAUAGUGUUGUACAUGGACUGUGAAGAAUAUCACAGGGUUCCAUUCCAAAGAUCAGCAGAAGGUUUGACGUUUGAACCCAGUUCUGGUAUUUUUGUUGGAAAUGCUGGAGCAACUGGUUUGGAGAAGUUCACUGGUUCCAUUCAACAAUUAACACUGAAACCAAAUCCACGGGCUGCUGAAGACCAGUGUGAAGAUGAUGACCCAUAUGCUUCUGGAGAGGGCAGUGGAGAAGAUAAUAUAAGAGAACAACAUGGAAUAUCUGAAAAUAUCCCAGUGACUCAACCUCCUCCCAAAUCUAUAACAGGACCUGUCAAGGCACCUCCUACAGUUUCCAGUCAUGUAGAAGAGAUUGAUUACUCAGGAUAUUCCCAGGCUACAGAGAAAACCAGCCCAGAUAACAUUACAGGACAACCUCAAGGAUCUCUUGAUAUAGUGAAGACCAGUGAGGAAAUAGAUGCAUCAACAACUUCAGACCAGCACAGUUUGAAAGUUGAAGCUGGCUCGGGAGCUGACAAUUUGCCAAAUGAAGAAAGGCAGAAAAUGGGACCUAAAGGUGAAAAAGGUGAGCCUGGUGUAGCAGGGCCUCCUGGAAAGCCGUGGUCGCAGGAUCAUGAGGGGCCAGUUGGCCCUCCUGGACCCCCUGGAAAAGAUGGAAGGAAGGGUGAUCCUGGUGUUCCUGGAAAAGACGGGUUGCCGGGUGAAAGAGGUGUUCCAGGUCUGCAAGGAAGAUCAGGUGCUACGGGAGAAAAGGGGGAUCCUGGUUUAGGACUUAUUGGAAUUCCUGGCCUUCCAGGACCACCUGGACCACCCGGACCACCAGGCCCAGUUUCUCCAUCAAAAGAAAUUAGCGGAGAUGAUAUGGAAGGCUCUGGCAGCGGGGGAGGAUCUGGGCAAAAAUGUCUACCAGGACCUCCUGGUCCCAUGGGUAAACCAGGACUGCCAGGAAAACCAGGACUGCCAGGUUCUGAUUCAAACAUGGAGGGGCCCCCAGGGAAGGACGGAAAAGACGGGGAAGCUGGGAUGCCUGGACCCCCGGGUUUACCAGGCAAACCUGGUUCAGACGGACUUACUGGCACUGCUGGAGAGAAAGGUACAAAAGGAUCACAAGGUAUACAAGGCCCAGAAGGUCCAAAGGGUGAUGUUGGACCACAAGGACCUCAAGGGCCCUCAGGUGCUGAUGGCAACCAAGGAGUAGGAGGAAGUCCUGGACCAAGGGGUCCCCCGGGACCACCAGGACCGCCAGGACCAGGCUUUGGGUUUGGAUUUGAGGACAUGGAAGGAUCUGGAGAUUUACAUAUGACAAAACAAGCAGGAACUAUGACUGCACGCGGCCUAAAAGGUGAAAAAGGAGAUAACGGUCUUCCAGGAGCGCAUGGUGAAAAGGGUGAAAAAGGUGAUCCAGGAAUAGAUGGAAAAGACGGAUCUCCGGGGUUACCAGGCAACAUGGGGAAGAAAGGUGAAAAAGGGGAUAUAGGAGCCAAGGGAGAGAGGGGACAAGAUGGUGUCAGCAUUAUUGGACCUCCUGGACCACCCGGACCUGUUAUAACACUAAGGGAUCUGCUGCUCAACGACACAGAAGGACUGCUGAACAUUUCCGACUCUCAGCUGCUAUCCGACUUCCUUGGAAAUGAUGGACUUCUGGGGCCUCCUGGACCAAAAGGAUCAAUGGGGAAUAUAGGUUUGCCAGGUUCAUCUGGACCAAAGGGUGAAAAAGGGGAGCCAGGUGCAAUUAUUGCUGCUGAUGGUUCACCACUUUCACAAGGACAAAAGGGUGAACCUGGGAUGCUGGGACCACCUGGACAAAUGGGUCCAAUGGGAAAAUCUGGAAUGAAAGGAGAAUUUGGCUUUCCUGGACGCCCUGGAAGACCAGGAUUAAAUGGAUUAAGGGGACAAAAAGGUGAAUCUGGAGCAUCAGCGAUUGGCCCUCGUGGACUUCCAGGACCACCUGGACCUCCAGGUCUCCCUGGACCUGUUUUGAAUAUAAAAGGAACUAUUUUUCCAGUUCCUACCAGACCAAACUGCAAAAUUCCUGUAGAAACUCCUGAAGGUGUUGUCAGUAUGUGUGGCAUCAAAGGAGAAAAAGGUUCUUAUGGACUUCCAGGGACAAAAGGUGAAAGAGGAGAAAUGGGCCCGGCAGGACCACCAGGUUUACCAUUUGCUCCCCACUACAUAAACCAACACCUUGCAGGCAUGAAGGGUGAAAAAGGGGAAAAAGGAGAUUUGAGCAAUGGGUAUUUUCUACAAGGACCGCAAGGGCCGCCUGGACCACCCGGAGAUAUGGGACUAAAAGGUGAUUCUGUUGUUGGUCCAAGAGGUCCUCCAGGAGUGCCCGGGCUUCCAGGAUCACCUGGCUAUGGCAUUAUGGGACAGCCUGGUCCUCCGGGACCCCCUGGUCCUCCGGGACCCCCAUCUAUAUUUGGAUCAGCAGUUGCAAUUCCAGGACCCCCUGGACCACCAGGACAGCCAGGAAUGCCGGGAUCAAGAAACUUGGCAACAUUAACGAAAAACGUUGAAGAUAUGUUGCAGAAGACACACUUGGUACCAGAAGGAACCCUUAUGUACUUAAGUGAGAGCAGCGAGGUUUAUGUCCGUGUUCGAGGAGGAUGGAGAAAAGUUCAGCUCGGUGACUUGAUCUCUCUUCCUGCUGAUAGCCCUCCACCACCAGCAAUUUCUGGACAUGGAUACCAUCCCUUCCCUCCACUUAAUCCUGGCAUAAAUCCAGAUUAUGGACGACCUAAUCUUCAUCUUGUGGCUUUAAAUUCUCCCUUCACUGGUGAUGUUCGAGCUGAUUUACAAUGCUUCCAGCAAGCCCAAGCCGUCGGUCUCACAUCCACGUAUCGAGCCUUCCUAUCUACUCAUCUACAAGAUCUGCAAAGCGUUGUGAGAAAAGUAGACAGAUAUAACCUCCCUAUUGUGAACCUAAAGGGUGAAGUUCUUUUCAAUAACUGGGAGUCUAUAUUUUCUGGCAAUGGGGGACAAUAUAAUGCUCAGAUUCCAAUUUACUCAUUUGAUGGCAGAAAUGUAAUGACUGACUCUACCUGGCCCCAAAAGAUACUCUGGCAUGGUUCAGGCGUGAAUGGCAUUCGAUUGGUUGACAAUUACUGCGAGGCUUGGAGAACAUCUGACAUGGCAGUCAGUGGGCAGGCGGCAUCUUUACGCAGCGGGAAACUACUGGAUCAGAAAACGUACAGCUGUUCAAACAAGUUUAUUAUAUUGUGCAUCGAAAAUAGUUUUAUGCCCGACAUAAGGAACAAAUAAUUGGUUCCUUUUAGCAAAACAGAAAUAACAUUUAAAUUAAGAAGACACUGAAAUUCAUCAUGUAUAUAUUGAACUUUUAACAGAUUGCACAAUUUUAAAGCCAAAGAAAACAUACCUCACGGAACACUUAAUAAAAUUGUGGUGGAACAUAUAUUCCAGUCUGUACUAUGGUGCUAUGAUAGAGGAAGAAUGUUCUAUUAACAUACCUGGUAAUUGUUUAGACAUGGGCUGGAUGGCAAACUUUAUAUAGCCCAAUACACUGCAAUUUAUUUUCUAUGUAUUUCUAUGGUUUUUUUUGAGGGUAAAGUUUUCUUCCAGUAACUGAAUGUAAAAUGUUUAACAUUCCUUUUAACAAUUGUAUCUGCAUAUGUUAUAUUGUAUGUUUUUACGACAGCCAUGGAUUUCAGAAUGGAUUUGUGCUUGGUCCAAGAUUUCAUAAAUGAGUAUAGAGAUAUUCUCAGUUGAUCAAGUCUACCCAAAUAUUGUGAGAAACUAAAUAUAUUUAAAUCGCUCAUUAUCAGGACUAAAAAUGUAUCCGAAGUUCUGCAACCAACAUACAUAAUAGCAGGAACAUAGAAUAUAAGAUUUGUUCUUGUACCAGAAUAUCUUAAAGAGCCAGAUGAUACUGGGCGGAGUUUUUAUUUAUUGUAAUAUAUUUACUUCAAUGUUACAGACUCAUCAGGCUGUUAUGUAGCUGUACUAUCAUCAUAUGCAAUAUUCAUAACCAGGGAUCAUCUCAGUCAAGCGGUGGUUGUCUUCUCGGGUGCCAUACAGAAAGGACUGGCGCUUUGUUAGGCUGACCAUAUUGCCGCUUUAAGAAGGAACACAUAUGAAAAAUACAUAUGUGAGGGUUCUUAUACAAAACCAUUUCUUUAAACAGCCCUGACAUAUGUAUUUUUCAUAUGUGUCCCUUCUUAAAGCGGCAAUAUGGUCAGCCUACGCUUUGUGUGUGUAACCAGAGGUGAAAUCUAUUUUCACACCUCACUUUGGUGUGGCUGUACUUUGUGUGUACUUCAGGGGUCAACAAAUUUAUUUGAAAAUUUGGGGGUCAGAAAGAAUACUGAGGAGACGGGAAAAGAUGUUUGAUAUAUGAAGAAUAAUAAAAAAGUUAGGAAGCAAAAGUCAAGUUUUAAAAGCUGCAGUUCCCAAGUGUUUGUUGAGGCUUUGUGUAUUCAGUAUUACAGGGAGUGUAGCAUAAUUUGCAGACAAGUGUGCUUUAUUUAAACAGUUACAGAAGUAACACAGUCAGACAGUUUACUAUGAGGUCUUGUUAGCUUCAUAAGUUCCUAUGGUUUCCUGUGCAGCUGAUUCAUUAAACAAUGGAAAAAUCAGGGAAGUUGGGGGAAUAUCAUAAAGCUGCUAAUGCUGGAACAUAAGGAGAGACUUUUUAAUAAAUUUUGCCCAGCUGUGAUAGCACAAACAUAACCAGAUUUACACAUUUUAUUUAUUAUUUCAACACUUUCAUCAAGACCCCAACCCAACUUCAUUUCAGAACUUAUAUUCCUAUGAUUUUCCCUGAUUAGUUUACUUAGACUUUUGUUUUUGUUUUGCUCUUUUAUCAAUUUCUUUAAUUCUGAACUGAUCCUGAACUACACAUAACUGGUGAUUGGCUCCUUCUGAGCGGCCCGUAUUUAGCUUAGCAUCAGCAGUACAUUGCUCAUCCAGAGCUAAAUGUAACGAUAUGUGUAAUUGUUUAUUUAUAUGACAGCAAUAGGGCAGUAAUACAAUGGUGUAGCACAUUUUAGUAUUGCUUCUUAUGUUGCUUUAAAUGACCUUAUGGUGUCAGAGACAGUGCUGAAAGUGCACAAAACGCAUAGUAUAUGUUAAACAAGUCCUGAAACUCUGUUAGUCAUACAGGGGCAGCUUAAUUUAAAUGAACAAAAGAAAAAAGCACACAAGUCUUUGUAACGGUCACUACACACAAUGUAGAUCUGCUCUAAAGCACUGGUUUUCAAACCUGUCCUCUGGCCUCCCAAAGGUCCAGGUUUUCUGGAUAACCUUGGAAGAGAUCAGGUAAAUAACCAUGUUUGCUAAUAAGCUGAUUAUUGCACCUGUGCUCCAGUUCAGAUUACCUCAAAAUGUAGCCUGUUAGGGAAGCCUGAGGAGAGGUUUGAAAACCAGUGCUCUAAAGCAAGGAGUGAUUAGUGGUAAAUAUAUGUAGAGGCACCUCAGUCUUUUGUUUUGCACUCAUAUGGGGCUGGUUGAGCUGUGAUGGAGAAUGAAAAUGUCUCUUCACUUUAGCUGUACAUUCACACCUAGCCACACCCUGGACCACACAGCCAUCUUGUCAUUUCAUAUAGCCCCCCCCCCCACCAGACCACUUGCAACUCCACCUCUUAAUGUACCCUUCAUGAGAACACCGGCAACUCCACCUCUUAAUGUCCCCCUCAUGAGAACACCUGCAACUCCACCUUUAAUGUACCCCUCAUGAGAACACCUGCAACUCCACCUCUUAAUGUCCCCCUCAUGAGAACACCUGCAACUCCACCUUUAAUGUACCCCUCAUGAGAACACCUGCAACUCCACCUCUUAAUGUCCCCCCCUCAUUAAAAUACCUGCAAUGCGGCCUCUUAAUGUCUCCCUCAUGAGAACACCUGAAACUCCACCUCUUAAUGUCCCCUAAUGAGAACACCUGCAACUCCACAUCUUAAUUUUCCUCUUAUGAGAACACCGGCAACUCCACCUUUUAAUGUCCCCCCCCCCUCAUGAGAACACCUGCAACUCCACCUCUUAAUGUCCCCCCCCUCAUGAGAACACCUGCAACUCCACCUCUUAAUGUACCCCUCAUGAGAACACCUGAAACUCCACCUCUUAAUGUCCCCUAAUGAGAACACCUGCAACUCCACAUCUUAAUUUUCCUCUCAGGAGAACACCAGGAACUCCACCUCUUAAUGUCCCGCUCAUGAGAAAACCUGCAACUUCCACAUGAGAACACCUGCAACUCCACCUCUUAAUUUUCUCCUCAUAAAAACUUCUGCAACUGCACCUCUUCAUUUUCCCCUCAUAAGAACACCAGCAAAUCCAUCUGCUUUGACCCCCUCACAAGAACACCUGCAAGUCCACCAGCUCUGACUCCUUCCCCCCCAACAGAACACCUCUAACUCCACCUCCUCUUACUGCAACCUUACCAGAACUACUGUAGUGUCACCUCCACUAACUCUUACUCCCCUCACCAGAACACCUGCAAAUCCCUUUCACCUGCUCCUAUUGUCCCAACAAGAACAUCUAUUCGUACUCCUCCUACGUACAACUCCACUAGCUCUGAUUCCCCUCCACCAAACCACCUGCUCUCAGUUCCCCCUCACGAGAACUCAACAUUCUUUUACUCCCCUUACUCACCAGAACACUUGCAACUCCACUGAUUUUCAGCCUCACUAGAACACAUGCAAGUCUGCUACAGCCUCCCUAACCUAGGCCCCAGCUUUCUGGCCCCUGCACACAGCUUUGCAGGAUAGGUGCUUGCACCCCACCAAUUAUUUUCUGGAACCACCACUGGGUAUGUUGUAUACCGGUAUGCUGACCCAAACGUAUCACCUCAGUGUACUGUUCUUAUAUGUCAACACCCAUAAAGAAAGCCACUUUAAACACUGUAGGUUUGAUAUAAGCAAGACAUAUUGUUGAGUAACCCAAGCAAAAAUCCAGAUCAUCAUAUCAGCUCCACACCUUGGCCAAUAAGGAGAAUGCUGCAAUACAAAACCUUAUUUAAUGCACUGCAGAUAAAACAUGUAUUACAAAUCUCUUCUGUCAAUGGUGCUAUCAUGAAAUACAUGCAAACCUUUACAAUAUACAAAAUAUGCUUAUUUUAACAUUAUAUAUGGUUUAUUAAAAUUAUGUACAGUCAGUUCAUUACUGAUACUGUUUUUUUUUAUUGUUUUUGUGCACAUAUGAAACAUUUACUCUCAAUGACCAAUUCAAUUAUUUUAGAGCACUGGUUUUAGGCCAGGUUUUAAGGAUUACCAUGGAUGAGAGCAGGUAGAAUAACCAUGGUUACUAAUCAGCUGAUUAUUUCACUUGUGCUCUAAUUCAGAUAUCCUCAAAAUCUAGCUUGUUGUGAUCUAGAGGAUGGUUACAGCAACUGACAAACAUAUACUAAACAAAUACAUAAAAAAAAACAUGGCAAAUGCUAAUAAUCAGCAUGUUCUGCUAGCACAUACUGCUUUAUUAUGCGCUCAGUAUUGGUGAAUAUAGACUAUUUAUCAAAUAACAAAUGGCAAAUGUACACAGUGAAGAAAAAUGGCUUGUGGGAAAUAAUAUGCUCUGUGCUUUUUAAUAUCGCUGAAGACUCAUUUUAAUGACACAAAGACUAAUUCAUAAAAUGUCAUUAUAGCAAUAUACACACAGUAUUACACUAUUACAUGUAUAUAGAUUUUUAUUAUAGGGAUUUUGUACUUGUUAGCAGUUAUAUUUUUAUAAACCAUACAUUUACAAUACAAAACCCUGUAGAAUUAUUACUUUAUUCUAGAUACUAAUUUUAGAUUUCUAUAAAUGGCAGUACAUAUACAUUCCGUUCAACUAACGUUCCAUAACAGAUGAAAACACUCAUUCUUGUAAUACUGUAAUAGGAACAGUACUUAAUUUAAAAUGUAAACUCCACUUUUAAAUGAUUUCAAAUAAAAAUUGUUUACAUGCUUUUCUAA